ACUGGACAAAGAGUUUAGUUGGUUGUCGUUAAGUCUGUUCCCUUCGGAUACAGAUAAAAUAAUGCAUGGGUUUUCACUUUUGCCCUAAACGAAUGAAUUGACGGAGAGAAAUGAAGCAACAAGAGGAAGUAGUUCGACUCGAAGAGGAGAGAGAAAGACGGUGACGAGGAGAGGAGUUCAAGCAACUGAUAAUCGUCAAUGAACCAAUAGUUUUCACAGGUGUGUUUCUGACGGUGCGUUUGCUGCGAGCUCAAAAUAAAGGUUGUUUAAAUGGAGAUCCCGAAAAAUGAACAGGAUACUGAACCAUCAUUUUCGAAUGUUUAUGAACUACCAGGAGAGCCUGCUAUUGUAAUUAAUGGGGUGCCUGAUAUACCUGCUUGUGACACUGCCCCUUCUCUUUGUAAUUCUCUGAAAGAUGAAAAUUUACUUGGAGGAAGUACAGGUUUUGGUGAGUGGCUAGAAGGAAGGGUUGUAAACAAGAUGUUCGGUGAUAGGUAUUACUACGGUGUCAUAAUCGAGUUCGACAACGAUACAGGAUGGUAUCGAGUGGAGUACGAAGAUGGAGAUUUCGAAGAUCUCGAUUGGCAUGGUGUAGAACGGGUGCUUUUGCCGAUGGACAUAACAGUUCCAUUGAGAACAUUAGCACGGAAGACUCUGAAGAGAAGCAGGAAGGCUGAGAAGAACAGGAAGAACAAGAGUGGAAACAGUAGGGGCGAUCCCAAAGAAAUGGAGAGGAGUAGGAAGAAGAGUGAGGACAGUAAAGUUGUGUUGCCAACAGAACCUGCAGCCUGAGGGAAAUUCUAGGUUCUUUGUUUUUUCCUUUCUUUUUGAAUGGGACUAUGAAGGAAUUUGGUCCUAUAUUGGUUAGUAAGUAAAAGGGUUGAAGAACCAGGAGUUUUGGCACUC